CCGCCAUCGACUCUUAAUACUCCCAAGUAAUCUCAUCUACCGAACCACAUCAGUCUUUUACGACAACCCAACAGACGAAGCAAAACCACUCAAGACAACCCAAAAAAACACACAAUGCAGUUCGCCAACACCCUCGCCGUCGCGGCCUCCUUCAUCGCCGCCGUCUCGGGCGCCUCCAUCCCCUCGGUCUACAGCCGCCAGACCAGCUGCACGAUCAACAGCCCGACCAACGGCACAACCAACGGCACCGCCCCGGCCACGCCCCCGGCCUACUUCCAGAUCAUGGCCCUCCGCUCCGCUAGCCCCGUGCACUUCUCCCACUUCCAGGCCGCCCGCAGCAGCAUCUUCCUGCAGCUGCCGAGCCAGAACGCCACCUGCGACAACGGCAAGGCCCCCGUCACCGAGGAGGAGGCCACCUUCUACCUCUCCGACGACGGCGGCCUCUACCUCUACGCCGCCUCCGCCACCCCGCAGCAGCUCUACGCCGACCGCUCCGGCAUGGGCCAGGGCAAGCUCGGCUACACCACCGGCGCCCAGCCCGCGCCCCGCAACGGCGAGCGCACCGGCUGGACCAUCGACCAGUACGGCGACCUGACCCUCGACGGCGCCGGCUUCCUCGCCUGCCCCGGCAGCAUCGAGAACUCGUGGGCCAUCUGGGUGUCCUCCGGCGUCGCCAACCCUGCUGGUAACACCGGCUGCCUCGGUAUCUCGGCCCGCGCCGUCGAGGUCAAGGAGCCCAGCAGCUGCGUCUACACCUUCUAAGCCCGGUCGACAGGACUGUCUGGAGCUGAAUUUUCUCUUGUAUCGAACUGGAAACUGGUUAAAAAAGGCAUUGGGGUGGGAAUACCCAUAGAACAGCGAAAUGUUAUUUGUCUUCUUCCAUAGUGUGUUUCUGACAUGGUCAUCGCCAUCGAUACCUGUACAUCACUUAUCAUAUCACAUCUGUAUGGGAGGGUAUUUUAUCCUUCUGCAUACGAAUUAAUUUUGUUAUUUUAUUACGUCAUCAUCUGUAGUAACGAUGCUUAAACGUGAAUAGCCUUGAUCCUUCAAUCCUUAUCAUUUCUACCCUCAUGAUUUCCAUCACGAUGGUUCUUCUAGUUUUUAUCAAUGGCCACUUUUCGAACAAAUAUCUUGAACGUGAUGGGAAAGUUUGUAUGUAUUAUGUCUUGGCUUGGCUCAGCGAAAAGUCUAACUGUCAACCAUGCAGGCAGGUUAUCUUUUUGUUUUCUCUCUCUCUCUCUCUCCCUCUCUCCCUCUCUCGUUCCACUUCAACGCUCGU